UUCAUCCGUUCGUUGUCAUACCGGAGAUGCUGAUGGCGGCCAAUGCCCAUCCCUAUCCACCGCCGAUCGCGGCUGAGGGACGAGGCUACGCUGCAUGGCCUCCGUCGGUGCGCAUCCACUUGGGGGCUAAAUCUUCCUCAGGAGUUGAUGGACCUCUUCCCCCGUCUUUCGUCCUCUUCGUCUUCUUCGGACACUCACUCAUGACCGUUUCACUCUGUGGUGGUCGCGGUUUGAAGGAGUCCACAGUUGGUCUCCGGCCUCACGAUGAAGGUCCUGGCGCAGAUUCUCCUACUAUGCAAUUCCCUCGCAGUCGCGCGCAAGUAUUGCACGCGGACAUUUCAUUCUUCAAUCAUUAACAACCAGACUUUGUUCAUCGAUGGUGGAGAGUUUCGCUAUCUAGAAGAUAACAAUACUAUCUCGGCCUAUGCGAUCCGGGAUCUGCAGUCUGUCGACGUCUCCAAGUCCUUCUCGAAUACGGACUCGGAUCUGUUCACGCACAUCGACAAGCCGUAUAAUGCAUCCGAUCCCGACGGAUAUCCGACUUUCUUUGAUGAAGGAUCCCAGUUCAACGAUGGCCAGAACCUCUACUUCUACGGCGGCUAUAUCAGUGGUCGCGAUGGACCCAAGGAUGUAGCGCCUAUCGAGACGUGGAAGUACAACAUUCAGAAUAACAACUGGACCCGCGAUGGGUUCGGUGGCGUGCCGUACGUGCGUCUGGUGGAAGGAGGUGCCGUGGUAUCGCAUUCGCAGAACAAAGCGUACUACCUCGGGGGAGUCGAAGACCCCGGUGGCAACCCGAACGUUUAUGGAACCGCUGGCGCAGAUGUGCAGAUCGUCAGUGGAUUGCUGAGCCUGGAUCAGUCCACGCUGACCUGGUCCAAUCUGUCGACGAAGGAGAUGAACAAUUAUGGGACCAUCGGAGCAGGGUACGUCAAUAUCCUGGAAGAUGUUGGCGACGAAGGACUGCUGGUAGCCUUUGGUGGAUACAAGUAUCCUGUUGGGAGUAAGCUAUCGUUGCUGUGUGCGGAACAGACAAACACAUCCCACCAUAACCCCAUGGAAUACAUCACGCUGUAUGACAUUGCGAACCAGACAUGGUACAGGCAGCAAAGCACGGGAGAUGUACCCACCUGGCGAAUGGCAGGCUGCAGCAUCACAGUGGCAGCGGCCGACAGGUCAUCAUUCUCCAUCUACAUCUUUGGCGGCAUGGGAGCAACCACCGCCAAUUCCGACGGCGACGUGUAUGUUCUUUCUCUGCCAUCGUUCCGAUGGAUCCGCGUGAACGAAGGCAGCAGCCUCCGCGAAAAGCAUACGUGCAAUCUCCUGGGAAACCAUACAAUGAUUGUCGUUGGGGGAACCAUUCCCACUGAUAGCUCCGAGUACGAGCCCAAGCCGGCGAACUGCGACUCAGGGCAAUUCGAGAACGGCCUCGCGAUCUUCGACCUGAACGACCACACCUGGCUCACCGACUACAACGCUGCAGAUACAUCGGAGUACACGCUCACCUCCGCGAUUACUGACGUAAUUGGUGGAAGUUCUACGGGCGGAGCUAAUGUCACCCAACCGGCCAACGGAUUCAACAACACCGCGUUGGCAACGAUGUUUGAGAAAGCAGUCAUCACCUCUACAGCCAGUCCAUCAACUGCCGCCACAGCCGCCGCCAAUGCGACGUCGACCUCGGCGUCAGCCAGCAACAGCAGCAGCUCCACGGGCACCGCGUUGUCCAAAGGCGGCAUUGCUGGCGCCACCAUCGGGGCGGUCGCUGGAGCGAGUGCCAUUGCGGGACUGGCUUUUUUCUUGAUCAAACGCAAACGCGCCCAGCCUGCAGUCUCAGACUCUGCCGUCGCGUAUCCAUCGAGUCCAGCAUCUCAAGACCGAUUAGCAGAGCUCAGUGGGAAUCAGGAGAGACAUGAGCUGGGACCGGAUACGAUCUCCAGGGCACCGAUUGCCGAAGCGGAGGGAGACAUGUGGCACAAGACACCUGAUAUAGCGGAGAUGGAUGGUGAUGGGAUAGUUGAGAAAAAAUGAUGGAUACCACGGGUUGGGUAUAUCAGUCCACUUUGUUAUGCCACUUUGUUAUGCCACUACGUACCUCGU